UUAAAAUUUUUGAUGCAUGACGUUUUCAGCAGCAAAAAGGAAGUUAACGGAUAAUUUUAGACCAAAAUGCUUCAAUUGUAAAAUUGGUAUAAGAAUCAGACCAGUCUGGUCACCUCUUAUGCUGUUUGGAAUAGUGCUUUGUUGCACUCUGCCUUUUCGAGUUAUUUCUUGCUUGUAAAGCUGAUCUAAGUUUCCUUCAGGGUCAGGAACUUCCACUCCCGAAAUGAGAGUAUCUUUAAUUGUGGUGGCAUUUUGAUCACCGGCAAUUCUUGAAAAGACUGCUGGCUUGCUUGAGAUAAUUUUCGUGCAAGCAUUCCUCAGCAACUGAAAAAAUGGGCUGCGGCUUACCAAAGCUGGAAAAAUCCGAUGAAAACAGCCCUGGCAAAAUCUAUUCAACACUUAAAAGACCGCAAGUGGAAACAAAAGUGGACAUAGCCUAUGAAUAUAAGCUUCUGGAUUUCACUAUAGCAGCAGAGGGUGAAUCAUCUGCGGUGAAGCUCACGUCCUUACAUGAUCUUCCUCAUCAUCUGCAGGGCCUCUACCAGAAGGGCUUUGUUCUGGCUGUUUUUCACCCUUUCAUAUACCCCAUCAAUGGCCAGAAGACAACUCCGUUAGAAAAAAUGUUCAGAGCUGUUUUGAUCAAGGCAGUGGUGAGCUCUGAAGAGAAUAGUGUUAAGGCAGAACCAAGCAGCCUUGAAGUGGAUCUGUGUUUAUUGGCUAACCAACCAGUUAAUUCCAAAGGACUAGAAAAUAUCCUGCAAAAAGUACAAGAAAAGUCAAAGAAAGACUCACGAUUUGUUGGACAUGUGCUGUAUCAAAAUUCCACAGCAAAUUCACUGGAAAGACCUGAAGAAGUGUCAGCAGCUAACAGUAUUUUGAAUCAAAAUAAAGUGGAAAAGAAUGAGCAAAGUGAUAAUAAUGGAGAUAGACUGGCAUCGAGUCAGGAUUCCAAAGGGCCACCUGGUGAGGGAUCCCAAUCUGAAGCCCAACCUAUUGAAUGUCAAGAGAAAGCUGAUGAUCAGCCCACAUUAAAAAUAACGAGUCAACCAUAUCAAGAAGAUGAAAGCCAGAUACAGGAUAAAAGCUUAGCUGGUAGUGAGGUAGAUGACAUCGUUACUGAUAAACAAGACGCUUCAUCACCAGCAGAAGCAUCAGGACUUGAAGCAGCAGACGGCCUACAUACUGUGGGGACAGCUGUGGGGGAGCAGUCUCCAAUGGCAACAAAUGAGUUCACUGAGGGGAAGCCAAUUACAGAAUGUCAUGGAGCCAAUGAGGCCAGCAUGUCUGAGACUGAUGACAGAAAACAGGAGGUGCACUCAAAGCAAGGACUGGCUGAAGGGAUCAGACAGAGGAAUGUUGUGGAAAAUGAGAUAUUUCUCCUUUUCAACAAACAACAAGUAAACCAGAACUCUCGCAAGUAUUACACAGCUACAAUUCCAUUGAAGAUCAGUAAGAAGGGAGAGGAUAUCAACAGUUUAGAAGCAGACUGGCUGGAGCACAUGACGGAACACUUCACGAAGGGAGCCUUGUUAGUGGAUGCUUUGAUUUGUCUGGGAACGCUGACGGAUUCAAUACCGAAAUCAGUGGAUGGGCUUUUUAUCUUUGAAGGAGUUUCAGAUGAAAAGUAUGAAACCUACGAUGCUAUAGUUGUGGAACAGUGGACGGUGAUUAACGGAAAUGAGGUGAAAACUGAUUACGUUCCCUUGCUGAAUUCCCUGGCUGCAUAUGGCUGGCAGUUAACCUGUGUGCUGCCUACUCCUAUACUGAGGAGGGACAGCGAUGGGAAUCUUGCUACAAAACAGAUCGUCUUCCUCCAGAGACCAUCACUGCCAAGCAAAGAGAAGAAAAAGGAGCCAAAGAAAAAAUCAACAAAAGAUGAAAAAUCAAGCAAGAAAGACAAAGGCUGUUUAAAAGAUAAAAAUGGCAAAGCACCUCUUACAGUGAAGAAAUCUAAAGAAGUUUCAGACGAGAAACUGGAAGAAAGCGUGGCAAAGAAUGGAGACAAAGAAAAUGUUGAAAUUGGAAUUUCCCUGAAAACAGAGGGGAAUGAAAACAAUAUCCCUGGGACUGAGGGAGUGCAAAGCUACAUAUGUGUGACAAAUGCUGAGGGGGCUGGGAGUGCAGGGUUAAGCACAGUUCCGGAAAAUGUAAUGAACAAAGCCCAUGAUGACAAAAAUAUUUGUGAAAAUGAAGAUGUGAAAGUAGUACAGGAAAAGCAUGAAAAUGAAUGUCAAAGUGAUACAAUUAGUCAAAGUGAAGGAGAGGCCUGUCAAGCAAAAGUGAAUACUCCAGUGAAUGGAGAAUGUAUUGUCACUAGUCAGCACCUUAAUAACAUGCCUGCCCAGGCCUCGGAAGAAGCAAUUGGAUCCAUCUCAGAAAUAAAGCCUAUUGCACCUGAGGAAGGGAAAGGAGGUGUAGAAUUACAUGAUGGUGAAUAAUGCAAUAUUCUGGAUAAUAAAAAGAUAGUGCAAUUUUUUUUCCCCUGUGAAGUCUGAUUGUAAAAUUUUUGCUGGUCUGUUUGUAAAAUUAUGCCCAUGUUGUGUCACAUCCUUAGUGAAUGAACUCAUUCACACACACACUUGCUUGUUAUGUGAUAAAGCAAAUAACAAUAGUUUAUGCUAGAAUUCUGUGUUUUUAUACUACAGUUGAUAGUAUGACAUUCUAGCAUUAAACUUAAUAAGAAUGUAGGUGUUACAGUUAAUAUUACAGUAAAAUCUAUUAGUUGAUCAACAGCAAAUAAAAUAUUUUAUACAACAACAACUUAUGCUUGUCAGCAGUUUCCUCUCACAGGAUUAUGUAUUUACUAUCAUUUAAUAUUGCUCCUGUAAAUAAAAUAUUG